CAGUCUAGAGGCCUCCUCAAGAGAAGACGUGCGCGCGCGGACUUGUGUUAGAAGGGUGUAGACGUUGGUUGAGUGCCGUUCUGGCGGUGUGAAUGGAUUCUGCGUGGGCAAUUAUACCCCAUGGGACCCCCGAAGUCCCGUGCAGUCGUCACCUACAGCCUUUAGUUUUUGGUGUAGAUGCUGGUUGGUCACUCCCCCCUCAGCGCAGAGGUUGGUGUUCCUUCUCCAGAUUUUUCUCUUUGCUCGCCAGUGCAACAGCGUUCAGCUGCCAGAGCUGUGUGUGUUUUGGUCCUUUCUCUAGGGCUGGUGGCGCACACACUGGGGAAGGCGAUCCAACGAUAAACACUCAUAGAUAACAGGCUUGUUCCCUUCCACAGUGGUUGCAUGCCUACAGUAACCAUAGUCGCGUAACAGUAAACCCCUACUACGCAAAUGGUGUUUGCGAUCAUCUCGCUGUCC